AGACGGCGUUGGAUUUGGCCAUGGCCAACAUCCGUGAAGGAUUCUUCUAUGGACGGAACAGAGACAAACUGAUUUACAGCACGCUCGCACGUGUGGGUGCCAAGCAUUCUAGCUGCCGGGGUGACAAGUUGAGUGGCAUGCAAGAUUCAGGUGCUGCGGAGGCAGCGGAACAAGCGGCUGCCGGCGAGUUGCACAAAGAGGAGUCCGCCAAGCUGACGGACGCGAGCCGGACCCUCGCCGUCGGCUCUGUGCUCAUCGCGACGAUGACCUUCAGUGCCACGUUCACCCGCCUGCCCGGGGGCUGGAGGCCGGGCGACCCCAGCCGGCGGCGGCUCUUCGACGCGUUCGUGGUCGCCAGCGCGCUGGCCUUCAUCCUGUCCUCGUCGGCCACCGUCGGCCUCAUGUACUCCGGCAUCGCGAUGGUGGAGCUGCCCAUCCGCCGGAAGCACUUCCUGGUCUCGCUCUUCUUCGUCUCCAGCUCCGUGACGUGCCUGACGAUCGCGUUCGCGCUGGGCGUGUACAUGGUGCUGGCCCCUGACGCCCGCCGCACGGCCAUCGCCAUCUGCGUCGUCAGCCCUCUGCUCUGCAGCUCAUCUACAGGAACGCGGAGAGCCUGCAGAAGCUUUUCGCGGUGUCGCGGCCUCUGUACGCGAGGAUGGUAUUCUGGGUGUGCCUGCGGUGGUCAGGAGGGGCCAUCUUGCUGCGGUUGCUGACGAAGUUUUGGCCCUUCGUUGUGAUCUUCGGCUUGGCAGGUCAUUUGAGGAACCACCACCAGCAGCAGCGCGGCUGACUCGAAGAGAGACCGGUCGGCCGGUGGUGGUGAUGGUGGCCGUAGCCAACUAGCCAUGUACUUUUUUUUCAUACUGUUAUUCAGUCAUUAUUAACAUUGUAAAAUGCAUCAAAAGGCAUACACCUAGUUUAUGCUAAUAAACAGGGCAUAAUACGGCCUGAGUCUUCCUAGUGGUAA